UAUAGGCAUUCUACGUGUUCCUUUCUCCCUUUCUCCCUUUCUCCAUCAUGUCGAUUGUGACGCCCGCCAUCGAGGCUUUCCGCUAUCUACUACAGCCUAUUGCACCCUUUAUUUGGUUUGGGCUUCCUAUCAGUACACUCGACGUCGCCGCUGCUUUCCGUCUUUGCAUCGUACUGCGCCAAUUUCGGGAAGACUUGUAUAGAAAACAUGUCAAGGUUCAUGGACAUACCUCAGUAGAAAGUCGGUCGUUCUCCAGGAGCGCUUUGACUGCCUUGACCGUAGUAUUUGGCGGGGAGGUUAUGGCAUGUCCACUUAUUCAGGUUCCUCCUUCGUUCAUGGUCUCUGGGCUCGCUCCGGCACUUUACACCGCUAUCCAAGCACUCGUCGAUGCACUUCCUACUGUUCCCGAAGCCUCUUUGAACUUGGAACUUCCCUUGUCCUUAUUCGACGGAUUCUCUCGUGCUUACCUAUUGUGUAACCUUAUCCCCCCUGUGGUCACCAUGAAUAAGGAUUCAGCCCUGUCAUUAUCUCCAUGGGCCCUUCUCGUGGCUUCUUUUCUGACAGCGAAUGGCGGUUUUUUCCUCACAAACAUGCUUUCCUUCAUGAAUCCCACCCCAAUCACACUCACUACUCCCCCGGAACUGCAACCUUACGGAUGGACCACUGUCGAUUUGUGGUGUGCUCCACUCAUUACUGGGCUCUACGCGCUUCUCACACACGCACAACCUUUCUGGGCUGAGAUGCACACCGUGAUUAGUACGAUGUUGGGUGCAGGUAAUGGGGAGAAACCCGUAGAGGCUGUGGAUCCCGAGACAGCUAGAGCGGCCUGCGCUAUGAUUCUUGCAUUCUUGUUCACGACCCGUACCAUGAAGAACUUUUCAGGGGUAUGGCAGACUCCCAUUACGGAAGUUGAGAAGAAAGUGGAGAAAGAGAUGAAGCCUAAAGCACGAUAGAGGUUGAUUAGAGAGCG